AUGCCCCCAAACAGCGAGACAGACCCCCUGUUGGCCAUAAACGCAACCCGGUCACCGACCCGGAAAUCAAAUAAAUUCCUCAUCCUGAUCGUGUGUUCCAUUAUCACAUUAUUGACCGAUUUCGGAAUUUUCAUGUCAAAUACACCACAGACAGCCGUCUUCGAAGAAAUCAUCUGCCGGAAUUACCAGGCCAAUCUCCAUCGGGCUGGUACCGGGAACGUGACCUUGGAUCUAGGAACUGCAAAUAUUCCGCUGGACCCAAACCCCUGCAAAUCUGAGACUGUACAGGGGGAGUUGGCUAUUGUGAUAGGGUACAAGGAUACCUUCGAUGUCAUUCCUGGUCUUUUACUGUCGCUUCCAUAUGGAAUUCUUUCGGAUCGUUGGGGAAGGAAGCCGGUCCUGUGCCUUUGCCUACUGGGAAUGAUCCUAGGGGAAUUCUGGGUGAUAAUAGUCUGUGACAUAUGGUCAACUUAUAUUCCUCUGCGGAUGGUCUGGUUAUCAUCACUCUUUAAGAUUAUCGGUGGCGGCGAUCCAGUGAUUGCUGCUAUUGUUUGUGUCAUAAUAGCCGAUGUCUUCUCUGAAGAUGAAAGAUCGACUGCUCUCUUCCGCCUGAACUCUGCUGUUAUCUUAGCAGAAAUCCUGGCUACGCCAAUAAGUGCCUACCUGAUGACUUCUAGCUUAAUGCUCCCCUUUCUGUUAGGAGUUGGCCUUAUUAUUCUAGGGACGAUCCCGGUCCUGUUUCUUCCUGAGAAAUUGGAAGAUAUGAAAGUGAAGCAACCAAUCCCAGAGAACUGGGAUCAGGAAACAGAGCAGAACACUGAAAAUGAGCGGCCAGAGCAGCAACGGGCCAAGAAAGAAGUGCGCCAAGAGUUUACUCGACAGUUCCCCAAAUUCAUCGGGUCGACUCGGUUUAUUUGGUCCGACUCUAAUGUGUGUAUUAUGAUUCUUGUGUCUUUUGUCACAGUAAUAGGCCGAAAAUCCACAAAUCUGCUUCUGCAGUAUGUGUCCAAGAAGUUCGAUUGGAGCUUUGCUCGCUCGAGUCUUUUAAUAUCGCUACGCGGUAUAUUCUCUCUUUUCACCUACUCAAUCUUGAUGCCAACCCUAUCUACCCUUGCCAUCAGAAAUUUGAAUCUCCAUGGGAAAUACAAAGACCAUGCGAUGAGCAAGUGGAGUGGCGUCCUCUCAAUCAUCGGCUUCGCGGUCAUAUUCCUUGCUCCGACACCAGCUAUCUUGAUUAUCGGUCAGAUAAUUCUAUCAAUUGGGUCAUCAUUUCUGAUAACUACUCGCAGUCUAGCUACAUCACUUGUACUACCCGACCAUAUCGGGACUUUAUACUCUGCGAUUGCCAUCACACAGUCGGUGGGUGUGCUAAUCGCAGGCCCACUAUUUGCUAGCCUCUUUCGACUAGGAAUGCAUCUUGAAGGUGCCUGGAUAGGAUUGCCAUUUUUGCAGGCAUCGCUCUUCUUUGCCUUAGCGGUCACUGCUAUAUGGCGAAUUCCUCUUGGACCUUCGGCUCGGUGCGUCAACCAGGAGGACCAUGGACCUUUUUUAUCUGGGUAG